AAAGCUUCAAAUUCUUAAAUUUGACUAUAGCUGGGCAGAAGAGGUAGAAAAGCACGAGAGAAUGAUGGAGGAGGAAAAGAAAUCUGCUGCCACAUCAAAAAGCAAGAAGUGUCAGCAAGGUAGGGGCGAGGAAAAGAAAAAUACCAGCAAGAAGGGGGGAAAUAAGAAAGCCAGAAAGAAAAGGAGGGGCUCUCGCAGGGAACCUCAGCAAAGAGGUGAAGAUCAGAAACAUACUGGUAAAGAGAGAGACUCUGUGCACAGAAAUCCACAGCUCACCACAGGGGAGGUUACCACAGGGCAGGUUACCACAGGGGAGGUUACCACAGGGUUGGUUACUACAGGGCAGGUUACCACAGAGGUUGCAACAGGGGAAGUCACCACAGGGGAGGAAACAAUAGAUGCAGGAGAGUUGGACAAUGCACAUGAGAUGAAUUCGGCAAAGGAUCCCAUCAUGAAACAAGCAGACGAGGCUCUUCAUCGGGAAAUCAAAGAUCAUGAAGAAGUAAAGGAGAUUGUCGAGGACAAUAUCGGGACAGUAAACGAAGCGUGCAACAAUAGCGACGCCAUUGUAGAUAGAGAGCAGGAACUCCAGAAAGGAGACUUGGAGCCUUCCAGAGACGACAACGUCGUUGACGAUGAUGAUGAUGAUGACGGGUUUUUCCCUAGAAAGCUUUUUCUCUUCAAAAUAGAUAGAUUUAAGCAGAAGGAAGAGGGACUGUGUAAUGCAGACUUGGGAAGCUGUAAUGUUGCCAGUCCUACACGCCGUCUAGACUGUUUACAUAGUGACGACGCUACAGUGGCAGCUAUGAAGGAUGAAAUGACCAGGAAAAUUCGAAAGUUUUUUGGAUUUAAAUGAAAUCAGAAAAAUUGCACCCGAUGAACAUCCAGGAUAAAUAAAAA